AUGCCUUAUCUUCAUUCGAUCGACGUCGUCAAUUUCAGAGAUUUCCGGAACAGAACGUUCCGAUUUGCUCCUGGAUUGAAUGUUAUCCACGGAGCGAAUGCGAGUGGCAAGUCGAGCCUCAUUGCCGCGCUCAAUUUCGGACUUACUGGAUCGGAUCCAGAUGCUCACGGUAACGUCGCCUUGAGUUUCCAAGACGGUGAAACCGUCUUGAAUCUUCGAAGAAUGAAAAGAAGAAAUGGAGAAGAAGCAUACAGUAUCGAUGAGGAUGUAGUGCCAAAGAGGGAGUAUGAGGAGGAGCUGAUGAGAAUGGGCAUCAACGCCAUCCACCUUCCCAUCAUGAUCCACACUGGGCUGGGAUGGGAGAGGGUGGACCAGUUCCCGGCGAAAGUGUCGAAGACAAUUGAAAAGCUCGAAUCAAGAGCAGGAGAAAUCUCCACACAGAUGAAACUGGUCCGGAGACAGUUGAGAAACUCUCCGAGCUCGAGUCGGCGAGCCAAAGAGCUCAAUGACAAUUUGGAAGAGCUCACCCAAGAACGGAAGGUGCUCUUCGACACUCGCACCCUCCCAAACUUCAACAGAAGGAUGCAGGAGUUCUACGGAAUGUUGGUGGGAGAUCCUGUGCAAGCAGUUGCGCUCCGUUCAGAAGGGAGAAGGACGGGACUGUCCGGUGUGGAGCUCAACAUCGACCACGGGCCAAGAGGAAGAGGAUUCGUCAGCGAGAUGUCGAAGACAGAAAAAACUCGGGCUGCAAUGAGUUUUGCUAUGGCUCUGUGUGAAGCAACCACCAGUCGGUUGGCUGUCUUCGACGAUGUCGACGAAGUCGAUCCAAACGGCUUCAGACGGUAUAUGGAUGGGUUGGAAGGCUGCGCCACCCGUCUCCAAGUCCUCGUGACCAGCCGUCAUGGUGGAUUUGCGAAUAUGGCUCCAAACAGUAUUGUUUUAACCGUAAUGGUCCACAUUCAGUCGGUCUACAUCAGGAAAUACUUCAGUACGAGUAGGACGCAGUUCGAGUUUACUUCUGGUGUGAAUUGUCUUCCUGGGGGCAACUCUUCUGGAAAAACGACUCUCGUAGCGGCUAUCAACUUCACUUUGCUGGGACCAGAAUGUGAACGUUUCACUGACAAACGUGGAGAUGUGUUUGUCAGCUUUUUUCUCGGCGAUGAGUCUGUGACCUUCCACAGAAUCAACGAUGAAGAAUCUGAAACAUACACAGUGGACGGCGUUGAGAAGACUUUCGAAGAAUACAAAAAAGACAUAGAAGCCAUUGGAAUGAAAUCUCAGCACCUCUCGUUUCUGAUCAAUUUCGAAAGCUACGAAUACUUCGUAGAGGAGAGCAAAAAAUUGGCAAAUCUUGUGGAACUGAUGAAUCCAGAAUCCGUGACUUUGCUGGAGGAGCGCGAAGAAAUUAUGGAACGUAUGGAGCAAUUAUCAACAGCCAACGAAAGUGAUACAGAAGCUCAAUUGAAGCUAAGGCUCGAACAGAUUUCUCGAGAGCGCAAGAAUGUUUUUAAUGCACUAUUGCCAACUCUUUCCACCGAGCUCACAAAAAACUAUAAAGAUCUCUGUGCAAAUAAAGAAGCUUCCUUGACAUUGAUCUCUCCAAAUGCGCAAUCUCCGAAGAAAAACCUUCAGUUGAUAGCAAAAGAUUCACCUUCCGAAUUCUUCUUUGAAUUCUCUGGGGGACAAAGGACAAAAGCAGCGAUGUCAGUGCUUUUCGCACUUAUAAAGGAAGCCGGCCUUCCAUUCCUUAUCAUUGACAAUAUGGAAGACCGGGUUCAUUAUGAGUCGCUCGAAGAAUUUGCCAGCGGAGUCCAAAAGGUUGCCCACAGAGCAGGAUUGCAAUUGAUCAUCACUUCUCGCCGAACGAAAUUCUCUGAUCUUAUUGGACACCACGUAAAAUCGACCGUGUUUCUGUAUUAG